UACAGCUUUUUCGUCAGUACGCGUUCAGUAGUCGCGCGUGUUAGAGCGAUAUUCGUGACGGCGCGCGAAAACGUCGCGUUGUGUCAAGUGCAGUGCCGUGUAGAGGUGCCGAAGUGGCGGGUUUCCUUGCCUCAGGACGGGGGGCCCAUGCCCCCUUCCACCAACACCACAUUGGUAAAAGUUAGUGUCCUGUGAUCAUAACCUAAAAAAAAACUUUUAAGUUUGUCUAUGGUUGGAUUGAACUGUGAAUGUGCUUGACGAUGCCGACCUAUGGAGGACGGGGCGAGGCAGGCGGCGCGAUGGCCUGCGCCGGCUGCGAGAAGCCUAUACUAGACAAAUUCCUGCUGCACGUGCUGGAGCGCGCGUGGCAUGCGGCGUGCGUGCGCUGCGCGGACUGUCGCGCGCCGCUCGCCGACAAGUGCUAUUCUAGGGAUAACAAACUCUUCUGUAGGAACGAUUUCUUUAGGCGAUAUGGAACGAAAUGCAGUGGUUGCGGUCACGGGAUCUCACCAUCUGACCUCGUGCGGAAAGCGCGGGAGAAGGUCUUCCACCUCAACUGCUUCACCUGCCUGGUCUGCAGGAAGCAGCUCUCCACUGGCGAAGAGUUAUAUGUGUUGGAUGAUAACAAAUUUAUAUGUAAGGAGGAUUACCUCGCGGGGAAGGCACCGACGACGCAGCAUUCUGACUCGUUACUGGGGUCAGGCUCAGACGAGGAGGAAGAAGAUGAGUCGAGAGCAGCGAACAACUCGAGCAGUCCUGCGCACGCGUCGCAUCCUGCCCUACAUUCAGACCUCUCACAUAAUGGCGACACCAAACCACACGAAGACUCGGAAGAUCAGGGUUCACUGGACGGGGACCCCGAGACGAGAGAUUCACAAGCAGAGAACAAAUCACCGGACGACGGUAACGGCGGCUCAAAAAGAAGGGGACCAAGAACUACGAUAAAAGCUAAGCAGUUGGAGAUAUUGAAAUCGGCAUUCUCGCAGACUCCGAAACCCACGAGGCAUAUACGGGAACAGCUGGCGAAGGAGACAGGGCUGCCCAUGAGAGUUAUACAGGUCUGGUUCCAGAACAAGCGAUCGAAAGAGCGUCGCUUAAAGCAACUCACGUCAAUGGGCAGAGGCCCCUUCUUUGGGUCUUCGCGUAAAAUGAGAGGGUUCCCCAUGAACUUGUCUCCAGGAGGCCUAGAAGAGGGUCCGCCGGGGUUUCCGUAUUUCGCGACAGCAGAUGGCAAGUUCGAGUUUGGUUAUGGCCCGCCGUUCCACCAUGAUGCGCCUUUCUUUCAUCCCCCGCCGACGAUGCCGUUUAAUCAGCCAGGUCGGUUCGCAGGCGGAAUGGAGACGCUGCCAGGCGGCGAGUUCCCCGAACAGUUCCCGCCUCCGGAUCACCUCGUUCUCCCUCGGCCUUCGUCGCCUGAGUUCACCUUUGGCGACGCCCCACCACCUCUCCAUCCCGAGGGACUGGUCUGGUAGCUGAAGCCAGAGCCGCGAGACUUCCACGACUGAUGCGGCUCGACGGGCUACAAAGUGGACUUAUUGAACAGUGUUAUAUAAAACUGUGAAGUUUAUAAGACGCAGUGUUAUUGUGAUUUUAGUUCUCCGGGUAAAUUUUAUAGUUUUCAGUGCAUAAUUCUACGUAUCCAUAAUCUUUUAGUCGACAAAAAUAAAAGGGUUAAAUCAGCGAUUUUACAUGAGUCAUGUUAUAUUUCAUUUCGUAUAUCCAACUAAAUUUAAUAGACAUUUGGCGUUGAGCUUUUAUCGACAAUGCCCUAGUCUGGUUUAUACAAAAUUAAAUAUAUUUUAACCAUUCAGGUAAAGUUUUUAAAAUCUCCAGGAUAUUUUCAGAUAAAGCAAACCGUUACAAUUUCGAAGGCUUCCUUCCAAUUGUUUCUCUCUAAUUAAAUUCAAAUGGAUUUUCUAAUGGGUUCUAAAAUCGUAUCCUCAUUUCAUUGAUUCGCUAUCGACAAGGUCGUUGAGGUAAACACAAUCUUCUACGUAUACAUCAGGUGAUGGGCUUCUGGUUGUCCAUUACUAAUAGUUUAGUUCCAGUAAAAUGUACUUACUCAUGGAACUUGUUAGUUUUUUUACCGUUUUUUUUUUUAUUGUUGUAGUAAACGUAGUAUUAUUUUCCGAUGAAGUACGAUGAAUUCUCGUUUACGAUGGACAAGAUAAGAAACUAUAUUUAUGAUAUUAAUAAAUUUGUAUUUAAUAGUUUAAAAUGUACUUGUCAUGCAUUUUUUUCAUUUGCUGUAAACAAGACGCAUAUUAUAUCAACUAACGUAUUAAGUUCUUUUGAUAUUAUUAUUCCAGAAAACCUAAUUUUAUGAAAAAAAAUUGAAACUACCUUUUUAAUAUAGUUAAAAGAUUUUUUGGUUAAAAAUAUUUGUAAUGGUUUGAUUUUUGUCUGAAAUAGUUCUGAGAAUGUUAACGAUGAGAAUAUAACAUUUUACAUUGUUUUAUUUGUCAUUUAUGUUUUUAUACUGCUUAAUGUAUGUAACAAAUGCUGAUACAUUUGACAAAUGAAGUUAAGUUACACCGAAUAGAAUUAUGAAUUAGCGAAUUAAAUACUUUCCAACACGAUACGCAGCGAAAGAGCAGCAAAAUAACUAGUUAUCGACAUUUAUUUUUUUUCGAUUUUAUUAAUUUAUACAUUAUCUAAUAUAAAGUUUUGUUAUUGUGCUAUUCUUAGAAUUAGUCCAAUCCUUUAUCCCCCUUAUUUAUGUUAACACGAAAGUCUAUAAUUGUGAAUACAUAGCGAUACUGUGAAUACAUAGUGUAAGUGUACAGAAAAAGUUUUAUAAUUAAUAAUUAUAAUUUAUUGAGUUAUUAAAAGUAUUUAUUUAACGUAGGCCUAUAACUGGCUAGCUACAAGAAAGUUUAUUGUAAGCAAAUAAUUUUGGUUCCUAUUUUAAAAUAUAUGGCAAUUCAGCGCAUUUUGUUUUUGUAUAUUAAUAAAUGUAUAUUUCUAUUGACAUUUAAUUAAAUUAAGUACAAUCAUUAUAUAGACAAUUAACGGACAGACAUGAUGUAAAUAUUAAGUAAUGUAAAUACAAAGUAUUAUGAGUAAAUCUGUACGAUAUUGAUAAUGUAUUUAAUUGAUACUCUACGUGUAAGUAUAAAAUCGUCAAAUAUCUCAAAUUUAUUUUAAUUUUUUUUUGUCAACCAUUCCUUAUUUUUAAUAAGGUUUUUAAACUUUCUCAAUUUAACGUAAUUGAAUAUUAUAUUAUUUACAUACCUCUUUAUUUUUGCUUAAGUACCACAGAAGCUAUGAUUUGAGUGUGCUAAAAUUCAUUUAAAUAAACGCAUUGUAAAUAAAUUUUUACUCUCAAGAUAUUUUUAAAUGACGAAUGAGUUUCCGUACAUUACAAUAUACUUACAGUAUUUAUCGUGUUCUAAGUCACGAAAUGUAUUAAAAAUGUGUGUAAAUAGGUAUUAUGUAAAUAUACAGUAAUGAAACUUUAAAUGAAAGUCACGCGUAAUAGUUAAAAAGGAUCUAAAACUUCAAUGUAAACCAUAAAGAAUCUCAAACUGGCAGCUUUUGCAGUGAUUAUUUAAAAAAAAAUAGUAAUUAAUAUAAAAGAUUUUUUUACUUAAAAUUUUGUGUUGCCAGUAUUAAAUAUCUCUACUAUAAUGAUUUAAUAUUCAUUAAUAUUUAAUAUUUCAUUUAUUUUACUUCGUGACUUGGAAGAUGAUGUGAAAACUGUAAAUCAAGAUACUUAGUAUGUACAUUAGUGUAAGUGUUAAUAUCCGUACAUACUGUUAUCUAUCUGUAUUUAGGGUAUAAAUAAAAGUAUAAUGGAAUUGUCUGU